AUGGAGAAUGUAUCAGCAGUGACGUCCAUCAUACUGACGGCCUACACUGAACUGGAAGAUCACAGAUAUUUAUACUUCAUAUGUUUCCUUGUUUUAUACAUUAUGAUUAUAGUGGCCAAUUCAGUACUAAUAACAGUAAUAUACAUUGAGAGAGGUCUGCAUGAACCCAUGUAUUUGUUUAUAUGUAGCUUAGCAGUGAAUGGAGUAUUUGGGAGCACAUCUUUAUUACCAUCUAUGCUUGUCUUUCUGUUGUCUUAUAAUUAUGAAAUAUCUCUGACUCAUUGUUUGUUACAGAUAUAUUGUUUAUAUUCAUAUGGUCAUGUUGAAUUUACUAUUUUAGCAGCGAUGAGCUAUGACCGGUAUGUUGCUAUUUGUCACCCGUUACACUAUCACCUCCUCAUGUCUCCUAAGAAGCUAUAUGCAGCUAUUACAUUAUCUUGGGUGAUUCCCUUAAUUUACUUUGUCCUUUUUUUCAUAAUGACUUUUCAGCUGACAUUUUGUGGCAAGAUUAUUGAAAAAGUGUAUUGUGCCAAUUUUCCUUUAGUUAAAUUGUCUUGUGUUGAUACGAAUGUUCAGUAUAUUGUUGGACUGGCAUUAACUUUUAUUUCACCUCUUUCUCAGAUCCUCAUGAUACUGUUUUCCUAUGGACAAAUACUCAGAAUCUGUCUGUUUGCUUCUAAGGAAUCUCAGACCAAAGCUAUUCGAACAUGCACCCCACACUUACUAACUGUGAUUAACUUUUCUGUGGGAGUCUUUUUUGAGGCCAUCCAGAGUCGUUUCAACAUGAGUCAUGUCCCUUAUAAAGCUCGCAUAUUCCUGUCCCUACACAUGGGCAUAUUUCCCCCAUUGUUAAAUCCUGUCAUUUAUGGAAUUAGCAAUCAAGCCAUUAAAAAUCAGAUUUUCAAAUUGUUUAAUAGCAAAAAGGACAGUGAACCCCACUCAAGAUGAUGAGGAAUUUAGUUUCUCUUAUUUAUAUUUUGUUCGUAAGGCUGUACCCUGUAUCAUUUGGGUCGCCAGAUGCCAGAUUUUGGGCCGGAGUGUCCAGUUUUCUAAUUAUUUUUACAGGUUCGAUUUGUAGUCUCAACUGGACAAUAUAAAUACCCAGUCGGACUAAUAACUGAAUAAAUGAAACUUGACUGCCAUUAUGUAACCAGUUUCAUCAAUGUCCACUGUUACAAUUUUUUCCCACACUCACCACAACCCCUGUAGUAAGGGAUACCUAAGUGCCAAUCACCCCCAGGACGGGUUUUUUUUUUUUUUUUUUUUUUUUUUGGGGGGGGGGGGGGAGUUCUGUGCCACCUGGACACCUACAUCCAUCGCCCAAUCCAUAAACUUUCUUUUUAUUCACCCACCUUUCCAUUUGUUUCCGAACCACCUGGAUCUUCCCACUCCUGUUAUUUGUUUUCUUGCUUCUAGACCUAGGUUGGGUUUAACGUGAGUAAUGCACUUCUGUAUGGUCUGAUUGAAUUGCGAUUAUAACUAAUUUACCGCAACUCAUACAGCUUAGCGUUGCAAACCCACCUGGCAGUGAAAUUUUAGCAAUCUGGUGCGGGUUCAAAUACUAUGCGUGUUCUAACCUGUUUAACUGUGUUAUUCUCUCGUUAUCUUUAUAAUAAAGCUAUAAAGUUACUCAUGUCUGUUCUCAUUACUGAGUAAGGUGACCCAGUGAUUUUAUUGUGAAGAGGGAUUUUAAAUCUUUAUUAAUAAAUAUUGUUGGUCAGUAAGGGCUGUGGGGGAUCUUAAUAAAUACAGGGGUUCAAAGCAUCUGGUGGUGCAUAGAAGAUUUUUUUUAGUCCACGCAGGAUUCAGA